ACGAACCUCAAGAGCUGUCUGAGUCCGAAAUUUCCGGAAAUACUUGCGACUUCCCACAAACAUCAUGGCAGCAGCAGCUGCAUCGGGCUCUGGGAUCCCUCCCAAUCCUACGUAUGUACAUAAUUUAGAAGAGCGCGUCAAAAUCGAUGAAUUAAAAGAAGCCCUCACCGCAAUUUUCUCUGAGUAUGGCACGAUACUCGAGAUUGUCGCAAAGAAGAAUUUGAAGGCAAAGGGACAAGCUUUCAUCGUGUUCGACAAUGUCGAGUCUGCACAGCGAGCAAUCGAGGAAGUCAACGGGUUCGACCUACUAGGAAAACCUAUGCAUCUUGACUUUGCGAAGACGAGGAGUGACGCAACAGUUCUACGGGAAGCUGGUUCAGAGGAGUUGGAGGCUCAUAAGAGAAAGAGAUUGGCGGAGAAGGAGCGAAAGCAUGCCCAAGAGGCGCUUGAAGCGCAAAAGAAACUGAAACGACCUGCCGGUGUGGUACCUGUACCAGCCGAGGCUGGAAGGCCAGCAAAGGCAGCUCGUGGGACUGGCCUCAAGCCGACCAGUGCAGCAACUACCGCAGUUAUACCAGACGAAUAUCUACCUCCGAACAAGAUUCUCUUCUUACGAGAGUUACCAGAAGAUGCCGACUCUGAUAUGCUUGCCGGUAUAUUCGGUCGGUUUGAGGGUUUCCGUGAAGUGCGUCUGGUGCCAGGCCGCAAGGGUAUCGCUUUCGUUGAAUAUGAAAACGAGGCCGGAGCAAUCAGUGCGAAAGAAGCGACAUCUGGAAUGCCAAUGGGGCCUAAUGCAAAGCCUAUUCGUGUGACAUACCAGCGACAAUGAGGCUAUUUUAUGCAUGAUUUCGACUUUUGCGUGGCGUUCUCUGGUUAUUCUAUGAAGGUAUCUGUUUUAUAUUUACCGAGGAGGUCUUUUUUGUGGUGAUGAAUAUGUGCCUUGAAUACCUAGUAGCUCUACGUACCAUAUUCCGGCCCGGCCUUUCUUGUUAGCGGCCGCUUUAGUGAGUUAGGCUCACUGAGUGAAUUGUAGCCGGGGGUGACAGGGACAGGAGUAGGAAGAUUGGUUUUUCCAGCAACAGGGAUGUGACAUGCGCGAAAGACUGCGCUAAUGUGUUGUUGAUAAGUGGGAAAAGCCUCGCGCGUUCCUUCACUUCUUUCAUUUUCCCCCAAUGACAAGUCAUCUUAGUUGUCUGAAUACCUUCAGAUUGAGCUCUCACACCCAGCUUAAGCUGACUGAGCUACUCAGUGAGUGUUACUGAUUAGCUAGUGCAUCUAUUUAACCUUGGAAGCACUUUAUCUAGUUCAUAUAAUACCUAGGCCUUGUUGGUUCCUUG